GAGCCACUUCCUGUCACAGAGCAGAUCUCGAGCUUCACUGAAGUUACGGCGUCUCACACACACACACACACACACACACACACUCACACUCUCUUGCGUCUCGAACCUGCGGCCCAUCAGACGACAGACAGACAGACAGACGGAGGGAUAAUGAUGGCGUGGAGAGGAGCGUCGGCCGUGGUCAUCCUGCUGUCCAUCACACCUGUGUCAGCUUCUCCGGUUUACGACCCUAAUUACUGUUAUAUCCUGGACUCGAUUCUGCUGCUGUACGCCGUCAUCAUCACGGCCUUCUUCGUGCGCGAGCGAUACAACACGAAGAGAGGCAAAGGGGAUCAAGACUCAGUGUAUCAGGUGAGAAUCAGAUCAGACGCCACCAUCAAACAAACCAGCCGUACGAAUUACUUCCCGCGCGCCGCUGAGGAGGGUCCAGCCAGAGGGGGCCGCAGGCGAGGAGACGACACUUACACGCCUCUGCAGAAAAAGAGUGACGACACGUACCGAGAGAUCGAGGCCAAGCCAGGACGCCGCCGAACUGAUCAGGUUUAUCAGGGUUUGAGCUCCGCGACUAAAGACACGUAUGAUGCUCUGCACAUGCAGCAGAUUCACCCCCCGCCGCGCUAAACACCGAUCCUCCGUCAGCAUCUCUGUCCACAUCCAUCCUUCAUCCUUCAUCCUUCAUCCCUGCUCCAGCUGUUGCUGAGAUCACUCAGUGUUUUCACAGUGACUGUGUUCAGCGUUUCUACACUUCGUGAAUUAUAGACUUUCAUAAUGAGCUCACAUCACACAUGUACAGUAGAGUCAGAAGAAAAAUUAAUAUGAAACCGAACCUGAUCGAAGAACAAACGCUUCAGUCUCUGGUGUUGUUCAUUUAGGAGUCACACUUGUGCUGUGCACCGCUCAAAACAGACCAGAGCCCUUAAUCAUGUGCUAAGUUUAUCUUUUGUUAAAAAAAAAAAAAAAAAAAAUAAUAUAUAUAUAUAUAUAUAUAUAUAUAUAAUUAAUAUACAUAAUAUUUCUUUUCAAUAAUGAUUUUAAUUCAUAUUUACCAUUUUGAGAGUGUUACUAAUUAAUAUUCAUAUCUAAAUAUUGGACUAUUUGUGCAGAUUAAUGCUUGAAUCAAGGCAGAUGAUAUAUAUAUUAUAUAUUCAGUGCUGUGCAUUGCUUAGGUACUGAGCAGUGUUUUCAGGUAUAAUCGCUGAAGUCUUUGUCUCCCCUUCGUCGCUGUGCACUUUUAUCUGUAUUGUGGCUGAUUUGUAGAUUGCACACACAAAGACAUCUCUGUAUUUUUGUCUAUUUCCCAUUCUGUUCUGACGGCAAACAACACAAGUGUGACUUUAUUUUACAACCAUUUAGCUUUUUCAAAUCAAGUCCAAUUAUUAUUUUUUUUUUGGGGUGGUCACAUAGUGAGUGCCAUAAAAGUCACAAGAGUUUCACACCAUUCCGAUAUAAAAAGUCAAUAAAUAAAAAUCCUGAAGUAGCGAUUUUGAAAAUUUUCAGACAUUUUUUUUUUCGGCCUAAAAUGACCGAACACCAGAGACUCAAUAAUUCACUCAGUGCAGUCAGGCGUUUGUCCUUCUCAUAAGAGCCAUUCAUAUUUAGUUACAUUUUACAAUAAGGUUCCAACUAACGAUUAAAAAUUAUUCUUAAAUAUUGAAAUUAAUCUCAGCAUUUAUGAAUUCAUUUUACGAUAGAAAGUUGUAUGUAACAUUACUGUAGUGUAAACUAACAUGAAAAUUUUUAUUAAUUAAAGGAUAAUAAAUGCUGUAAAAAAUACUGUUAGUUAAUGCUUUAUGUUAGAUAUUGAUAAAUGAGAUCUUACUGUAAGAUGUUACCUGAAUUAUUCUGUUUUAAUGAAUUUAUCCAGAUUCAUGAUGACUGAUGUUUAAUAUCUUUUUUAGUCUUUUAAUUGUUUUAUAAUAGUAGUGUAAUAUUGCAUCUAAACUGAGAAUUUCAUUGUUUUUCAUUUGUUUGUUGUUACUUUUGUGUAACUUUGUAUCAGCUUGAUUUUUCUCAUUUUUUUUAGUAAAUAAUCAAACCUGUUUAUGAAACCUGA